AUGUCUGCGGAGAUGAAAAAGAUUCAGACGCAAACCAAGGAGAUGAGAACACGUGUCACAGUAAAUGGCGAUGGUGGAAGUGGAGAUGAGGUGUGCAAAGCGUGGUGCCACUUGAAACCCCUUCCUCCUACCGCCAACCUUUUUGUUGACUUUUGUGACCAUUUAUUCCUUAUGGGUAAACGGGUCAACCCAGUGUUGAUAGAGGAAUAUGGAAGGCACAUAACUAGAAUUGCUGUAUCCUUGUUUGAAGCUAUAGCACAAGCACUAAACCUAGAAUUAUCCGGUGACCAGAGAUCAGAACUCUUAUCGGAGUCAACAGGGCUCAUACGAGUUUACCGGUAUCCUCAGAGCUCCUCUGUAGAGGCAGAAGGAGAAGCUCUGGGAAUGGAACUCCACACGGACAGUUCGGUUAUCUCAAUAUUAAAAGAAGAUGAAACCGGAGGGCUUGAGAUCAUGAAAGGUGAAGAAUGGUUGCGUGUAAAACCUGUUGCUGAUACUCUCAUCAUCAAUCUAGGAGAUAUGAUGCAGGCUAUAAGCGACGAUGAGUACAAGAGUGUGAAGCAUAGAGUGAAGAAGAAGGAUAGGACGAGAGAAAGACACUCGGUGUGUUAUUUUGUGUUCCCGCAGAGAGAUUGUGUGAUAAAGUCAUCAAACUAUAAGCCAUUCACGUACUCAGAGUUUGAAGCUCAAGUUCAGGCUGAUUUUCAGUAUCUUGGGACCAAGGUCGGCCUUCAUAGAUUCAGCCCUAAAUCUCCACUCUUUCUCUGAUCAUGUUGGCAAAUUAAUUAAUUUAGUAUCUAAUAGUUGAAGAAACUGUAGAUACCGGUCUUGUCUCAUCUUAUCAUCAUGUGGUGCAUGACCAACUAGACAACUAUAGGUGUGGGAUACGGUUUACUUUGAUUCGGUUUUAUGACUUUCAUAGAUAUUGACAUUUGAUACCAUUCUCUUUCUAUGCUUAUUUUGGGAUUGGUUUGGUCUUAUUGGAUUUAAACAUCUGUGCCUGCCAUGCAGGGAAUAUCCGUAAUUUAUAUAUAACUUUUUAGAAAAAUUCCUUUAGAUAAACCUUUUAGUUUAUUUUCAAAAAAAAAGGAUCCGAAGGAAGAAAAUGAAAGAGAUUGAGUUUUGGAGAUAUGUUCAAAUUCUUAAAAAU